UGACUCUGUGAGAGAGAGCGAGCAGAAGAAAAAGCAGAAAAGUUGCGACCAUCUUCAUCUUCAUCUUCAUCUUCAUUGUCCGAUCAGUGGAGUGAGUGAGUGAGUGAGUGUGUGUGUGUGUGUGUGAGGUGAAGAUGAAGGUCUGUGUUGUGGUUCUGGGUCUGGUUCUGGGUCUGGUUCUGACCAUGUGUGUGGCGCGCUCUCCUUACCAGUCAGUUCUGCAGCACAGUCGGAUCAGAGGUCGACAGCAGGGACCAAACGUGUGUGCGAUGCAGCAGAUCAAAGGCACAGAGAAGAAAUAUUUCACCAACUGUAAACAGUGGUACCAUCGUAAAGUCUGUGGAAAACCCACGGUGAUCACUUACGAGUGCUGUCCAGGCUACGAGAGGAUCCCGGGAGAGAAGGGCUGUCCUGCUGCGCUCCCUCUGGUGAACAUCUAUAACACACUGGGCGUGGUCGGGGCGUCGACCACACAGAUGUACUCUGACCGAGCCGAACUCAAGGACGACCUCCAAGGACCUGGAAGUUUCACCUUCUUUGCCCCAAGCAACGCAGCCUGGGCAGCACUGCCCACGGAGAUCUUGGACGCUCUGGUCAGUAACGUGAACAUAGAGUUGUUGAACGCUCUUCAUUAUCACAUGGUGAAUCAUCGUCUGACGUCAGAGGAACUCAAACAUGGAUCGUCCUUCACGUCCAUGUACCAGGACUUUGACGUGCAUGUGCACCACUACAGCAACGGGAUUGUGACGGUGAACUGCGCCCGUCUCAUCAAACCAGACCAACACGCGACCAACGGCAUUGUGCACGUGGUGGACCGCGUCAUCACCGCCAUCUCCAACAACGUCAACACGUUCAUCGACGUGGACGAGGACCUGGAGACGCUGCGCACGGCCAUCGCCGCCGCUGGGCUGACCACCAUGUUGGAGAGCGAGGGUCAGUUCACCAUCUUCGCUCCCACCAACGAGGCCUUUGAGAAGAUGCCUCAGCAGACCCUGAACCGCAUCCUGGGAGACCCAGUUGCUCUGAGAGACCUGCUCAACUACCACAUCCUGAAGCAGAUGCGCUGCGCCGAGUCCAUCGUCUCCGGGACGCCGAUGGAGACUCUGCAGGGGACGGUGCUGGAGGUCGGCUGUGACGGAGAUCACAUGACCCUCAACGGGAAGGCCAUCGUCACCAAGACGGAUCAGCUGGGGACAAACGGCGUCGUCCACUACAUCAACGAGCUGCUCGUCCCCGACUCUGCUAAAACUCUGCUGGAGCUGGCUGAAGGCUCUUCUGUUUCCACGGCGACCAGACUGUUUGUCCAGGCCGGUCUGAGUCCACAGCUCGGCGGCUCUGAGGCGCUGACUCUUCUGGUCCCACUCAACGAAGCCUUCAAAGGAGACGUGUCCAUGUCUCCUGACAUGAAGAAGCUGAUGACCAAUCACGUGCUGAAGGAACGUUUGUCCUCAAAGUCUCUGUAUGAUGGACAGAAGUUGGACACACUCGGAGGAAUCUCACUCAGAGUGUUUGUCUAUAGAAACAAUCUCUGUAUAGAAAACGUGUGUAUUGCCGCUCAUGAUAAAACAGGACGUUUUGCCACCAUGUUCACUGUGGACAAAGUCCUGGCUCCUCCCACAGGGACGAUCAUGGACGUCCUGAAGGCUGACGACCGCUUCAGUCUCCUGGUUGGAGCGAUCCAAACAGCAGGAAUGACAGAGCUGCUCCACCAGCAGGGGGCGCUCACGUUCUUUGCUCCCACCAACGAUGCCUUCAACGCUCUGCCACGACCUGAGCUCAACCAGCUGCUGCGUGAUCAGCAGCAGUUGUGGGCGGUGCUCAGGUCUCACGUUGGCGAGGGCGUGCUGGUGAGCGGUGGAGUGAGUUCUCACACCAGAGUCCAACCUCUGCAGGGAGACAAGCUGGAACUGGGCGUGAGGAACUACACCGUCUACGUCAACAAGAUCCCAGUGACAGACGCCGACCUGAUGGCCACCAACGGAGUCGUCCAUGCCGUGGACAACAUCGUCAAACCUCUGCCUCCAAAGGUGGACAGAGAACAGGCGGACGGACCGGCACCGCCGAUCGGAUCAGCAGCGUCCUCCAAGGUGGAGUCUCGGAGCUUCAGGGACGACGACCUUUUCUCAAAGGUCAUCAGGAGCCACACCAGCAGGACGAUGUCCCGGGGUCAGUGAAUGUCCCGCCUCCUCAUAAAUCACACAUGUCACUUCCUGUUUACUGUAAAAACUGUCAGAGGUCAGAGGUCAAACACAGCAUGAAGUUUUUUUAAGCAAUUUCCCGUUUUUUUGUAAAAUAAAACUAAUAUUUUAAAAAUG